CUUUUUGCCAUACCAUGUCGCACUCUGUUCUUUUUAUUCCUCCCUUUUGAGAGAUCCUGGCGUUGAGACAUUCACUUGUCUAUUUUACUAAUUCCCUAUUUCCUUUGUCUUGAAAUGAUAUCUAGCCGGCUCUUUGUUAUCAGCAUUACCGAUAUCCAUCCCAUGACACAGAGCAGGAGUUGUUUUACCUUUGCACUUUCUAUUCUGUUUCUCUUCUCUGUGAGCAGCGGGUCAUCUGUGGUUCCAUCGGAAUUUAUAGAUUUCUUAGAGCCCGUGCUUGCGUGUCUUCUUUUCUCCUUUAUUUACUUAUAUGGGAUUCCCGCGUCGUUUUCUGGUCUACCUCCCUCCGUGUUCGCGUUACCCUCCACCCCCUCUUUCCGCUUUUCCUUUUUCAUCCUGUGUCUUCUUUCCCCAGCUGGAUAUCCCAUCAUCUCUUGGUGCCCCUCGUCCGCAAUUCUGUGUGUAACCAUAUAUUACGCAUUCUUCCAUAUGGGUCUCACGUACAUUGGAGGGCAAUGAACGACGACAAGGCCACGGGCACGGGAGAUUGACAGGGUACGCUGAAUAUCAUGUCUUUUCCUCAUGUGUCAUGCCGGGUCGGUCAUUGGGUUAUAGUCAGAGUUAAGGAUUGUGAAAUAUAUCUUCUGUUAAAAAUGUGUUUUCGCGUAGAGUCGGUG